AUGAGCUUUACAAUUUCUUCUUCUUCUUCUCUCCCCCAUACCUACCUCGACAAGGUCAAUGUCCAGACGCACCUCCAGCUGGUUGAAAGAUUGCCAGAUUCCCAUGAAUACUUGUACCGAAGGGUUAUGGUGGCGAUCUUGAGGUGCUUCUUCCUAGAGGAAAAAGGCUUCGACGUUCUCCAGGAAGAGUCGCGCGGAGAAGUAGACCAGGCCGAAUCAAUGGCGGACAUGGCCGUGCUCCAACUCUUAUCUCGCCCCGGGGGAAGCACGUAUGCGUAUGAUUACUGCCUGGUAGAGAGCAAGAAGGCCGAUAAAAGUUGGACUGAGACGCAAGAUCACCUGAGUAGGCUUUGCGGCGGCACACAGAAUGAUUCUGGGAAAGUCUACGGCAUCGUGCACAUUGGACUGUACAUCCAGUUCUUCAGAGCUGAUAGUGGGGGGCUUACGGCGUUGAGCGGUGGUUUACACGUACGAAACGAUGUCAACGCUAUCACAGUCAUGUUUGAAAAUAUAAAGAGGAACCCACUCCCGAUUCUUUGA